GUGCGCGGCGGCGUGCGCGCUGGUGGGAGCAAGUCCUGAGCGUCUACACCAGCCAUGAGGAGCGCGAGCGCCUGGGCCCCGCUCUGUCUGCUGUUGGCCGCUGCAGCCCAGCUUGCGCUGCCGCAACCCCCGGAGAGACCUGUUUUCACAUGUGGUGGCAUUUUUACUGGAGAGUCUGGAUUUAUUGGCAGCGAAGGUUUUCCUGGAGUGUACCCUCCAAAUAGCAAAUGCACUUGGAAAAUCACAGUCCCUGAAGGAAAAGUGGUGGUUCUUAAUUUCCGAUUCAUAGACCUCGAGAGUGACAACCUGUGCCGCUAUGACUUUGUGGAUGUCUACAAUGGCCAUGCCAACGGCCAGCGCAUCGGGCGCUUCUGUGGCACUUUCCGACCUGGAGCCCUCGUGUCCAGUGGCAAUAAGAUGAUGGUGCAGAUGAUUUCUGAUGCGAAUACAGCUGGAAAUGGCUUCAUGGCUAUGUUCUCAGCCGCUGAGCCAAAUGAAAGAGGGGAUCAGUAUUGUGGAGGACGCCUGGAAAGACCUUCUGGCUCUUUUAAAACGCCCAACUGGCCUGACCGUGAUUACCCUGCGGGAGUCACCUGCGUGUGGCACAUUGUAGCCCCGAAGAACCAGCUUAUAGAACUAAAGUUCGAGAAAUUUGAUGUUGAGAGAGAUAACUACUGCCGUUAUGAUUAUGUGGCUGUGUAUAAUGGUGGAGAAGUCAACGAUGCUAAAAGAAUUGGAAAAUAUUGUGGUGACAGUCCACCAGCGCCAAUUGUAUCAGAGAGAAAUGAACUUCUCAUUCAGUUUUUAUCAGACUUAAGUUUAACUGCAGAUGGAUUUAUUGGUCACUACAAAUUCAGGCCCAAAAAACUGCCUACAACUACAGCACUCCCUAUCACUACCACCCCACCUGUAACUACAGGUUUAAAACCCACUGUGGCCCUGUGUCAACAGAAAUGCAGGCGAACUGGGACUCUGGAGAGCAAUUAUUGUUCCAGUAACUUCGUGUUGGCUGGUACCGUUAUCACCACCAUCACUCGAGGUGGCAGCCUGCAUGCCACGAUCUCAAUCAUCAACAUCUAUAAAGAGGGAAAUCUAGCAAUUCAGCAGGCAGGCAAGAGCAUGAGUGCCAAGGUCAUCGUGGUCUGCAAGCAGUGUCCUCUCCUCAGAAGAGGUCUAAAUUAUAUUAUUAUGGGCCAAGUGGGUGAAGAUGGACGAGGCAAAAUCAUGCCCAACAGUUUUAUCAUGAUGUUCAAGACCAAGAAUCAGAAGCUCCUGAAUGCCUUGAAAAACAAGCAAUGUUAACAGGGAAUUCUGAAGAGUUAUGCAGCAUUCUGUCAUUGCCUUUGAAAGAUCUAUUUUUUCUCAAUAGGAAAAAGGAAAAAAAAUAUGAAAUUAAAUAUUGAGCAUUCCAGUGAUUUGACUGAAUUACUCUUCACAUGCUUUAAGUAUGAGACCUCCAAUAUUGCUGAUGGAAGUUCUGUGCCUACAGGAAGAGGAGCAGAAAUCUAAUGGAAGACCUACAGGCUUAGUGCUGUAAAAGGAAAUUCCAUGUGUGACGCACUGGCAGCUUGCAAGUGAUUUAUUUAUACAUCUCUGUAAAAGGAUGUUUUUGGAAAUGAGCUGUGUGAAGAUGUAAAACAAGAUUUUUUAAAGUGCAAUAUUUAUAAUAUUUGUUUGACCUUUAAGCAUUUGCUCUGAGGUGUUACCUUCUUCUUUUGCCUUUUUUUAAACCAAUGCUUAUUAAGAUAUUUUUAAAUGAAUAUAUAGCAGCCA